UCUUGCCUUCAUUCACUCUAAUUAUCUCUCUCACCCCUCACAUCCUCCACUCUCUCUCUCUCUCUCCCAGCCUCUCUAGUUCUUUCUCUCUCUAUUGAAGCCCUCAAGCCGCACGGAUUCAUUAAUUAGCUUCGUCCGUCCAUGGAAGAUUAGCAAAGUAGCGUAGCGACUGCAUGUUGCCCAGUGCAUAUAGAUCUACUGUGUUGCUUGUGCUAUACUGUGAAUCUAUACACACACACACAUUGACACACACUCUAGCAGACAAACACACUAUCUCUCUCUCUCUCUGUCUCUGUGACUGUAGCGUUGGCUUACUAGAGAAAGCAGCAGUGAAAGUGCAGGCGGUCUACUUUGACUGAAGACUCGGAGCAGAUAAAACAAACACAGACAGAAGACAGCAGGAUGGAAGCCUUCAGCGAGUUGUAAAAUACUCCAGUUCUUCUCUGUCAAAGGCAGAAGCUGUGGCUACUGUCUAGCAACACUUCAUCACCCCUACUUCUCUGGUGCAUCAGUCCAGCUAACAGAAGAGAAACAGAAGAGAAACCGGGAAGAAGGAACAAUGAGGAAUAUAGGGGACAGAGACCUACAGAAGACCAGCACCUACAUCGUACCCUGCUUCCUGUUAGUGGAGCUGGUGAUCAUGGCUGGGACGGUUCUCCUGGCGUACUACUUUGAGUACACAGACACGUUCCCCGUUCACGUCCAAGGGUUCUUCUGUUUCGACAAGACGUUCUCCAAACCGUACCCCGGACCCGAGGACGACAGCAAGGCGCCGCCGGCACUGGUCUACUCUCUGGUCACCGCUAUCCCUACUGUCACGUCUAGGGGUAUUAAACUCUUACCCAACGAGGUCCGGAGCCUGCUGGUUUUCCAUUCUCCCUGA